CUCCGUCUUCCUGUUUUCUCACUCCGUUUUUCUGCUGGCUGCUCUCAGGACACUGCUUUCAUCCGGAAAACUUUCUUCCUAAAGCCUUGGGCUUUACAUUUUCUACAAACAUCCCGUUACCUUUACUCUCCUUAAACCUCAGUAUUGUAUUUCACUUUCUCUUCUUUUUAUAUCUAUUCAUAUUUUAAUUUUUUCCUUCAUUUCUUCUCGUCCCAUUUUUUUCUUAUGCACGCGAGGAAACUCGAUACACAAUACAUCACUUAUACACAAAAGCUGACGCUAACGGAAAAAGCUUCUGAUAUGGCUCUUAACACAUAGAUUACAUACACCGGAGAACAACAAUUUGGAACUGAUGUCUCAGUAAUAAUAUACAUCAAAAGCUUUUAGCUAGAAACUACAUAAAGAUAAAACUAAAACAUAUGCAUACCUAAAAGCCACACAUAUACCCUACAACAAAAAGAAUAUAGAUGCAAAAAUAUAUAGACAUAAACAAGACAUUUAAAAAUAGAUACUUGGCCAAGUAAAGGAGAAGACACAAUUGUAUAGAUAUGCAGUGACUCAAACCUAUAGAGAGAGAGGCGAAAUACAGCACAUUUGUAGCCUUGUACACUUAAAGAGCAGCACAAGGCUAAACAGAGUCUUUCAUUCACAAACAUGUGAGUGACACAGAACACAGGAACACUAGUGCAAAUGCUCACAGACUUAAAUAUACCCAGGAUACAGUUUGUGCUAGGACAAUGUACCCUACUCGUAUCUUCUCCUCUCUUUGUCUUCUGUUUCUCUGGCUAGGGAAAUUCUCUUGCCACAUCACCCCUUCUGGAACCCGAGAACGUUUCAAGGUGGUGUUUGCCCCAUUGGUAUGUAAAAGAACAUGUCAGAAAGGCUAUUGCCAUGAUGUAUGCAAACCAGGAAGCAACAUGACGCUGAUAGCAGAAAAUGGGGGAUCAGCAGACACCCUAACAGGUUCUGGAUUCCGAGUUGUGGUCUGCCCACUACCAUGUAUUAAUGGUGGCCAAUGUUCUUCAAACAAUCACUGCCUCUGCCCCCCAGACUUCACUGGCCGAUUUUGCCAGUUGCCGGCAGCUGGUGGAGGGGGCACUGUAAGGAAUACAGGUGAGGCAAGUGAAGUGGAGGGUGCCGAUACAUCCUCCGGGAAGCAUGCUGUCUAUGCCGUUCAGGUGAUUGCGGGAGAUGAUGAAGCAGAUGGCAGAGAAACAAAAAUCAGCCAGUCAGCUCUCACAGUACCACUGGCACCUGGACAUACAUCAUCAGAAGUCCAGGUUCUUCCCCCUUUCCUAAAUGUUCGAGUUCAUCACCCUCCCAAUGCCUCUAUCCAAGUUCAUCGCAUUGAUGGGCUUGGGUCUGAGGGUUCAACAGGAGGAGGAGCACCUCAUCUCAUUGCACAUCCGGAGGGAAGCAAAGCUUCACCGUCUCGGCCCCUGACUUUCAAACCUUUGGGGCGCUGUUUUCAGGAUACCCUUCCCAAGCAAGAUUGCAGCACUAACCCUCUACCUGGACUUACCAAAGAGGAGGACUGUUGUGGAAGCGUGGGGACAUCAUGGGGACAGCACAAAUGUCAUAAAUGUCCACAAUUGUCAUAUUCUGGAACCCAUAAAACAGCACCAUUUCGUGGGGAACAUGGAUCUAACUGCCCAAAGGGUUAUAAAAGACUGAAUAACUCGCACUGUCAAGAUAUAAAUGAGUGUGUCAUGCAAGGAGUAUGUCAGAAUGGGGAAUGUUUAAAUACAAAAGGCAGCUUUCGAUGUACAUGCAAACAUGGCUACAUCUUUAGCGCCUCGCAAAUGCACUGUGCACCUGAGAAGCAGGAAGUUAAAGGCCUGUGUUACAGGCUGGUUGGUACUGAUGGACAGUGCCAACACCCACUGUCUACGAGGCUGACCCGACAACUGUGCUGCUGCAGUGUGGGAAAGGCAUGGGGGUCUCAGUGUGAGGCAUGCCCUGCAGAUGGGACUGCUUCUUUUAGUGAGAUCUGCCCAGCUGGAAAAGGUUACCAUGUGUUGAUGUCUCACCAGACACUCACAAUCCAAGCUCAAAGUGAUUUUACCCUGCAUCUACACCCAGAGGGUGGGGAAAAUCAACCUCCGGUUCAAAGGGUCCCUGAAGUGGUAGCACCUCCAAAAAUUACAGAGCCGGAUUCUAAAGACGGGGAUGUUACUGCUGCUGUGCUCCCAGCAUAUAGUACAAACUCAGAAGAGGAGUCUGUUGAUUUAACACCAGUCAUUGCCACAACACAAGGAAUAUCAUUCCCAGAGGUCGCUCUGAAACCCACUGUUGUUGCUGUUAAGAAUAUACCUCCUGAGUAUUACAAUCGGAGCGCUGCUGAGAUUGCUGUGACAAAGGGAACAGCAACUGAUGAAUGUAAACUUACAAGGGAUCUUUGUGGAUUUGGAGAGUGCAUAUCUACCCCUUCAGGAUAUUACUGCAGUUGUUAUCAUGGGUACCAGCCUCAUCCCGAGAGAAAGCAUUGUAUUGAUAUUAAUGAAUGUGACAAAAAUCCAUGUGGCUCUGGUCGGGGUGUUUGCCUUAACACAGCUGGCUCCUUUAACUGCCGCUGUCACCAUGGCUACAGACUACAGGUGACAAAUGAACAGCGAACUUGCGUGGAUGUUAAUGAGUGUCUCCGAACUGGGGUUUGUGGAGACUCUCGCAGCUGUUUCAAUUUCCCAGGAUCAUAUAAAUGUGAGUGUCAGCAUGGAUACAAACAGAGAACCACAAGACCUCUGGUAUGUGAAGAUAUCGAUGAGUGUUUUUCACGCCAGCCAUGUGUUGGGGGAAAGUGUGUUAAUAUCCCUGGCUCGUUUCGGUGUAUGUGUCCACCAGGUUACAAAUUACACAACCAACAUUUGUGUAAAGAUAUAGAUGAAUGCUUCCUCAACCCAGACUUAUGUUCCCCUCAUGGCACAUGUGAAAAUGUGGCCGGGUCGUACAUGUGCGUAUGUGACACAGGAUACACACUUAGUGAGGACCAAAAGAGAUGCGAAGAGGCUAUGCAUAUCUUGGAACGUAGAGACUGCUUUUUGAAUUUGGAUGAUUCACUAUUCUGUGACAGUGUUCUUGCUGUCAAUGUAACUCGGGAGCAGUGCUGUUGCUCUCUGGGGGCAGGAUGGGGUGACCACUGUGAGAUUUACCCAUGUCCUGUGCAUAAUUCAGCUGAAUUCCUCACACUCUGUCCAGAUGGUAUAGGAUUUAUAAUUGACCUUGACAUCAUGACCUAUGGUUCUCCAUCCUACAGAGAUAUUGAUGAGUGCCAGUUGUUUGGACAGGAAAUUUGCAAGGAAGGAAUGUGCGUGAAUACAAAGCCCAGCUAUGAAUGCUACUGCAAACAUGGAUAUUACUAUGAUAAUCGUUUGCUACAAUGCAUGGAUGUGGAUGAGUGUGUUGAUGAGUCCAACUGCAUUAAUGGGCGAUGCAUCAAUACCCGGGGCUCCUUCUAUUGUCAUUGUCCACAGCAUACUCAGUAUCAUCCAGAACUCAAGCAAUGUCUUUCUAAUGCUGAACUUGAUGUUGAUGAGUGUCGAGAUCCAGGAUUAUGUCGCAGUGGGCGUUGUGUAAAUACCCAUGGCUCAUUCCACUGUGAAUGUACUCAUCCUUGGACUUUGGAUCCUCUUGGCAGACACUGCAACCCUCCUGAGAUGCAAUCAGAUCGUGAGGCCCAGGAUAUUUGUUGGCGAAUGCGUGGUACAGAUGGAAUCUGUUCCCAACCCAUGCCUGGCCCCCAGUUGUCACUGGCUGAAUGCUGCUGUCGUCAAGGACAGGGAUGGGGUUUGAGUUGUCAUUCCUGCCCACCCAGACAUGCUCUGCAAUGCUCAGCUUCUCAUAGUGAGGCUAAUUCUUUCUGGGAAUCAAGUGCACUUCAUUUAAAGAAAUACAGAAGAGAUCAUGACAGCUCAGAGGAAGGGUCAGAUGAGUGUCCCUGUGUGAAUGGCCACUGUAGAAGAGGGCCUUAUGGUGUUUCCUGUGAGUGUCCAGUGGGCUUUCAGCUGGAUAUAACCCGAACUCGUUGUCUUGAUUUGGAUGAAUGCAGGCAGAAAAAUCCAAGAGGAUCGCUCUGCAAGAACAGCCGCUGUAUAAAUACAAUGGGAUCAUACCGCUGUGUGUGCAAACCAGGAUACACUCGUUUUCCCAACCCCCAUAUCUGCAUCCCUCAGAGGAAAUAACUGCAUUUUCAAAGUCAAUAUAGAUCAAAUAUGAACAGAUGCUCAUAAAAGUAGGGAUUGCAUCAAACUAUUUGGGAUGCGACAUAGAGUGGCUAAAGGAGUAAGAAAGGGCCACCUUCUGAAGAAAAGAGGUUAAUCAAAUAAAUAAAGCGUGAAACAGAAAACAAGAAAAAUAAUGAGUAUAACAUUACAUGAAAAAAGAGAAAGGGACAUGUCUUCUGUUCAUAUCUUAUAAAAUGCUUAGUCUGCUGUAUAGGACUAUGGCAGAACAGCCCAAAAUGCUGACAAUCUAUUUUUAGAAUCCUCUGUAUAUUUAUAGAAAAUCUUUUUAGCGCACACUUUCAAUGUAAAGACGUUUCAUGUACAACUCUAGUUAAAGGAAAUUGCUGAAAUAACAAAAGGAAAUGGAACCACUGUGUGUGUGUAUAUAAAGAAUUGCUGCAAGCCGUAUCUCUGCACUUAUCAGUAUGUACUGUAUGUGUUAAUUACAUGCAUGUACAUAUACACAUACUUUUGUGCUGCUCCAUCAUAUCAUCUUAAGUUGAUAUAUUUACCUAAAUAUAAUAUUUGUCCAAAAUAUAUUCAUUAUAUUUAUUAUUGUAUAUUGUUGCAAUCCAUGUUACUCUAAAUAUAAAAAUGUUUAUUGAUUUUUACCUGUACUAUUUUACUUGCUGGACUACAUGUAAUAUUUGUCACUAGAAUGAAAGUUAAUGGGCCAAUCUACUAACAGGUGCAAAGUUUGCUUUAUCUCUAGUAACCCAUCUUACAAACCAACCAGAUGCCAUGACAACAGCUGUGUGAAGCCCAAGAAGCGUUCUACUGUUUUUGAUAAGUUUCAAAAUACUGUUUGGACAGUUUUUUUGGUAAGCCUGAAAUGCACCCACGCAUUAGCAAUAAAAAGAAGUGGUAAGACAUGAAACAGACAGUUUUCAAUUCUGGGAGCAUUAGUGCUUCUUUUCACAUUAAAAAUUUGUCUUAGGAUAAAUAACUGACCAAAGAACCAUACACGUUGGUAUGCAAAACAAAUGGGUUCAAUAGAAAUGCUUGUGCAAACCUGUGUUUUCCUUAAAGGACCAGUAACAGUAAUUUUUUGUCAAAAUUUGUUUCUGUUUAAUGAAAAAAACACCAACACAGUUUAAACUUCUAAUUCA